UCUGCCAUCAGUCGAAGUAAAUUCAAAAACCACCUCCCAACAAGAUUAUAUGUAUAUGUAUACGAGUAAAAACCACCUCUCGACAUAAAUGUUAUAGCAGACUCGUCAACAACCAUGCCACCUGCAUCUUCGUCUUCUCCUUCCUCCUCCAAAUCUCUCCCUCAUCCCGCCCACCAAUCUCCCCGUUUCACCCCAUGGGUUAUUGGUUAAUUUGAAUCUAGAUUCAAGAAUGUGAAAGAGAAGGAGAUGGUUGCAGUGAAGAAUGGAGUAAAAGCAGAACAACCCCCGGGAGUUUGGAUAUGGGAGUGACUCCAACGCACCGUUUAACCCCUCUCCACGAGAAAAAAGGUAAACCCAACAGCAAGAAACGCCAUGAAUCCUGCGACGACAAUAGUUUUGUCGACGGCGGCUCUGUGUCUUGCAACAAGUGCAGACCGAACUCUCAUCGCGACAAAAUCUCUGUUGUCCCUCUUGACAACGGCGCUGUCGGCAAAACCUCCUUCAUUUCUAGCCCCAACGGCAUCUUCCGCUCCAUCUUCCAUUCUUUAACAAGGAGAAGCCCUAAAGCGACAAACGAAUUAGCACCCAGAGAGGAGCAAUGGAAGAUUGCCGUUGCUGAGCUUUCCCAGAAGCUUAUUCAGGCGACAAGAAAGAGAGACGAGGCUUUGCUGGAAGCUUCAAGGCUAAAAUACUCCAUGGCCGAACUUGAGAAGAAGCUUAACAAGCUUGAAAUUUAUUGUCAUAGUCUCAAGUCUGGACUCGAGGAAUGUAGCAGUAACUCUCCCUAUAGAUCAUACGGGAUGAAAGUCCAAAACGGUGCGUUUAACGAAAAGGUGAUCGAAGUAUUCUUGGUUUGCGUAUCAGAAGCUAGAUCCUCAAUAAGGAUGUUAAGCAAGUCAUUAACUAUGCAGUUAAGAAACUUGGGUGGGAAAGUGUUUGAGAGAAUAUCUCUUCUUCUUCAACCUUAUGAUGUGAAGAUUUCUUUCACGAAGCACCCAAAAAGCUUACUUUUGUAUCUGGAGGCUCUGUUGAAUAAAGCUUUUUUUGAAGAUUUUGAGUCAAUCGGGUUCCAAAAGAAUUCCGCAAACCAGAUACUGAAUCCCGUGGAACGCUGUGAAGGAAACUAUGCAUCGUUCUUGGAGUUGCAGGGGCUGACAUGGGAGGAGGUUUUGAAUAAGGGGACAAGGCAUUUUAGCGAGGAGUUCAGUAAGUUUUGCGAUAGGAAAAUGAGUGAGAUUGUGAACAUGUUGGGAUGGAACAGAGCUUGGCCCGAGCCAUUGUUACAAGCAUUUUUUGGUGCUUCAAAAAGUGUCUGGUUGGUUCACCUUUUGGCUAACUCCCUGCACCCUGGCCUGUCAAUAUUCAGGGUAGAUAAGGGGGUGAGAUUUGAUUCAGUUUACAUGGAGGAUAUGGGCGGAGACAGAGCCAGAAAGCUGGUCCCAACCGUGGUUCGGAUCAUGGUGGCACCUGGGUUCUACGUCUAUGGCAACCUGGUCAAGUGCAAGGUGCUUUGCAGCUACUACAGCAACAGCAGCAGGGACAACACCAUUGACGACCAGGGUUAAUUAAUUUAUUCCCAUUAAUUAAUAGUUUCCUAUGCAAUUACAUGUGAAUUUUUAAUUAAUUACGAUUAUGAAUUGGGGUUUGGUUUGAAGAUUCUGGGUCAAAGUUGCCAUUUUUGUUACUUCUCUUUUGUUAUUUUAUCAAGGUUUCUUUUGUUGGCAUUACUA